CUCUUUAAAUUAAAAUGAAUAGACUUUGGAAUAAAGAAUUUUUCAACUUUAUAAAAAAGAUUAAAGAAUAAGAAAUGAAUUCGUGUAAAAUUAACUCUUUUAUUAACUUUAGAUUCCCUUGUGCAGUGUAAUAACAUUAUCCAGUCUUAUAACAACUCUGGCACAUCUGACAAUCAAAGCCCUCCAGCAAGUGGCUCAACUUCCGUCAUUUGUAAUGACAGUAUGCCUCGUGACUUACGUCCUAUGAUCUUUCAUGAAUUUCGAAAACAAAAAGAACAAGAUAGAUGCUCUAAAUCCUCAAUUUUUAAAACAAAAAAGAGGAGCAUUUCAACAGCAAAUAAAAAAGCUAGGUUAGCACAAGAAGUGAAAGUGCAAGUUGGUGUGGUGAGAGAAAGUGUUGAAGAUGGUAGAUUGAAAAAAUCAAAGGAAGAACUAUUCCUGUAUUGUUUAAUGAAGACGACAAUGCCAAGGUAUUGCUCGAAAAGGCAGUUGAGAAGCAUGCAAGGCAUUUUAAACAAUUUGACAGAGAUGAUACUUAUGUCAUUCUCUAUCAAGAUAUGACUCUUGUUAAAGAUUUACCAGGUAGUUACACAUCUUUCACCCUUGGAGAAUACAAACGAGACCUACUAAAACCCUAUUGUAAAAUUUACUUCUGGUUAUGUCCGGAAGAUGAUUUUGAACAUUGUUCCUGUUACAAUGAAGACAAUCAUUCAGACGAAGAGCUUCUGUUUGUUCCAUUUAAUUGUAAUGUUGACAAUAGCAACUUAGGAAUUCAAGAGUUACCAUCACCAAAACAUGCAACUACUUCGGAGUCAACAACGUCUUUGACAGCACCAAACAUCCCAUGUUCAUCUCAACCUAAAUUGUCAUUGCAAUAGACGUCAGGCAGCAUUGAAAAAUACUUGGUCACAACUCACCAGUGUCCAACAUGUUUGAUGCAUUUUCCUCGCAAUGAAAUUGAAGUUCAUGCCGAUCUUUGUGCUGAGACAUAUAUAGAUACUGUUGGUGAAUGUGAAUCUGAUGACCAAGACUGUGAAAUUCAGAUUGUGGAGGGAAACUUGUUGAGUGAAAAAGCUAAAAGUGUGACUGAUAAGUUGGAAACUGUGCAACAAGUUGUUGAAAAUUUAAAGAGCAAUUUAAAGAUGACAUUAGUCAACGGAAUAACUAUUCGAAGGCAUUAUGCAUUUAAAGACUAUAUGGAUGCACGACUGAAGAAGUAUUUUAAGUCAGAAGGUAUUCUGAAAGUGUCAUUUGCGGGAGAACCAGCCAUAGAUACAGUGGCCCAAGACGUGAAUUUUUUACAGAAUGCCUCAACUAUACACAGAGGAAGCUGUUCAACGAAACAGGAUUUCCAGUAGUGAAUGUAUAAGCCUUGGCCUAUGAAGAAUUCAAAGUUUCAGGAGAAAUUAUUGCUGCGUCAAUUGUUCAAGGAGGACCAGCUCCCUGUUUGUUGUCUUCACAAGUGUACAAUUACAUAGUGCAUGGAAUAUCAAGCGUACAUGCACACAAAGGUAAUCUUUGAAAAUUGCUUAUAACCUGCACCUCUGUUUGUGUAUUAAAGUGAAUAUUUCUGAAUAAGAAAUUUUACAGAUCA